GUUUGAGGUAACCUAGUAACGCAAGGGAAAAGGCAAUGGCACCUCACUCCAGUACUCUUGCCUGGAAAAUCCCAUGGACGGAGGAGCCUGGCCGUGGUGCUGAGGCCACGCUGCUCAGAGUGGGUCGGGAGCCCGCGGCCCCGGAAGCGGACACACGCUUCGCGCGGGGGAGAGCCGGGCAGUCCCGGGCUAGGCGAGGCUGCCCGCAGCCCGCAGCCCCGGAAGCGCAUCCUUGCCUUGACUUGCCUUCCUGUUCCCGGCAGCGCCCAGCUCCGGGCGUCUCUUCGCCAGCCUGCGGUCUGCGACGGCCCUGCCUCAGCCCCGGGCACCGGCGCUGCAGGCCGGCAGCUGGGAGUCCCGCGCCCCUCGGACGGCCGCGAGACUCGGAAAUCUUUCUAGGAACAGUGAGAAAGACAGAAGAACCCCUUGGGCUGCCAAGCACUGCUGCCACCAUGCCCAAGAGAAAGGCAAAAGGAGAUGCUAAAGGUGACAAAGGGAAGGUGAAGGAUGAACCACAGAGGAGAUCAGCACGGUUGUCUGCUAAACCUGCCCUUCCAAAACCAGAGCCCAGGCCAAAAAAGGCCCCUGCAAAGAAGGGAGAGAAGCUGGCCAAAGGGAGAAAGGGGAAAGCAGAAGUCGGCAAGGAUGGGAACAACCCUGCGAAAAACCGAGAUGCCUCUACAGUCCAGUCACAGAAAGCAGAAGGCACUGGGGAUGCCAAAUGAAGUGUACCUUUUUGAUAGCUCUGUACUUCUAGUGACUCUACUGUUUGAAAUACUAUUUUUAAAUCAACUUUUAUAAAAAUGUAGAUUUUUUUUUUAAGUUAUGUUGUUAGCACAUGAGAUACUUCAUUGUUGUCUUUUGUGGAAAGGGCAAAUAACCACUAGUAGAAUGUUUCAGAAGCUGGAUUGAAAUGGGGGGAAAUAGAAGUAUUUGAAGAUUAUUCUUGGUUCCCGGGAGAGAUUCUCUGACAUUCACACAUGUCAGCCACUAUGGCUCAGAAGCCUUACUGUGUGGAGAAAAAUUACUUCAUGUCUUCUCCUUUCUUGAUGUCAUCAGCACAUUCUUGACUUCCUGAAACCAGGAGUCAUGAUACGGCCUUGACACCCGUAGAAUCAGCUGCAUCGGGUAACAAUACUCAGGCUUUCUGGUGAUGACAUCAAGAUGGUGUUACUCAGAAGAACCAGGAUUCCUGUUUGUAGUUUGUGAAUCAUCUCAUUUAUAAUCCUGGAGUUUUUAGUUCCUUUCCUCCAUGUCAGAGUUGACCUGUGAAAAUCUCUUAAAUGCCUCGUGUGAAAUAAUCAUCCUUUUUGAAAAUUUUUCCUGUUUAUUGUAACAACAGACUUUGUUGACUUUUUGGAGAGGGGAGUUUGAAAAGUUGUAAGAUGUUAUGGAAUGUCACCCAUGUCCUGCUGGAAAUAACUAUUUUUGAAAAGUCUCUUAUAAAGCUGGAUACAAGUUAGACUCGUGGUAGGGGAGUGAUCAUUUCCUACUCAAAAGUCAUAAAGCUACUCUUUACUGCCUUUAAAAAGUUUUAUAGUUUGCUUUUCACAUUGUCUUUAGUCCUCUCUGAACUGAUUUUUACAAAAACAUGAGAUAGUAAUUCAGUAUGUUUUUUUCCAUAUGGUAAGUGGUUGUUCCAACACCAUUUUCUGAAAAGUUCAUCCUUUCCCCAAUGAUCUAUAACACUGACUGUUUUCAUGAAUCAACUUUCUUUGUGUGGAGGGGUGGGGGAGUCUGUUGAUGGUUUCUGUUCUGACUCACUGGUCAAGUUGUCUAACCUUGUGGCAGUACCACACAAUCCUGAGUACUACCGCUUUAGAAAAAGGUCUUGAUAUCUCAGGACAAUUCCACCUCCACCUUCAACAUCAACAAACUUUUCUUCCUUGGAGUAUCUUGGCUAUUCUUAGCCAAUUACUUUUCUAUACAACUUCUAGAAUUAGAUUGACAAGUUCCAAAUCAAACAGAUGAAAAGUUGAAAUUUUUAUUGGAUUUGUAUUGAAUUUAUAGAUUAAGUAUAAUAUUGAGUCUUCCAAUUCAUGAACAUGGUAUAAUUCUCCAUUUAUUUAGGCUUUUAAAAUAUCUCUCAAUAAAGUUUUAUAAUUUUCUCCAUUAAA